AUGUCCUCCGCGAGUGCCACCUCCACCUCUCCUCCCAACGAGAACCCAAUACCUACCACCCGUCGCCGCUGGCCGACACUUUCCCGCCUCCUCCCGAGCCAAAAGCUGAAGCACCCAAGACUCCGACAGAUAGCUCUCCUCCGCCGCCGGACACAAUCUCUAUCACCCAAAGACCCCAAUGGGAUUUACCAAUCUCUGCAGUCCAAUGAAUCGGCACUGAAACUUCAAGGAACCUCCAUCAAGUCCCCGAGACUGAUAGCGUUAAGCCCCACCGGUGAGCUCGUCGAAUCUGAAAGACCGCCCUCAAAUGAUUCACCGCCACCAGGGUUCGUUCUCGGUGGGGAAAUCAAGCUUUUCGACACCCGGCUUGCUGGGAGAUUAUACACGUUCGUUGGAGAGGCGGGGAAGGCGAGUGAUAUUAAAGAGAUCGUCACAUUGGGAGAGAGGCUGCUGUUGGAGGAUGUGCUCAAGUGUCUUCACGGGAGUGCAUUUGGGGAUGUAGGCUUGGUGAGGCCUAGGUUCAUAUUCCGUGCUAGGGACUCUACUCUAGGUGUUCUCCCAGGAUUGCAUUUCGACACAGAGGUAGUCUUUGAUAACAAUUCGGGACUCAAGUCCGCUAGCGAGACCUUGAGUGGGGUAUUUGGGGUUAAGGCUGGAUCGCUUAGAGUCUCGGGGUAUCUCGGUGAGAAGCGUGAGUGGAAUAAGGCCCUGAAGCCCGAGAAGUUCUCGUUUAAGGGUGUGUUUGCCGGCGUCGAUUCCGCGCUUGGCAGGCUCGUGCGUGUAACGAGUGUUGGAGUGGAGUUGGCCGGUGCCAGGAAGGAGGGAAGCUUUAUGAGGAGAGCAAAGUAUGAAUGUACUGUUGAGUUUCACGGAAGUGCCGAGGUGGAGAUCCCGGGUUCUGUGGUUCCUUUGGUGCUCGAUUAUGGGUUUAGGGAGGUACAAGGGAUGUAUGAGUUUAAGUUGACGAAGGGAGGGAGUGAGUGGGUUAAUGUCACCGGGUUUAAGGGAUUGAAGGUUUGUUUUCGUGAUAUAUUCCGGACAGGAGAGAUGUGCUGAGAUGAUACUGGAAUAGCUUUCCGACGUCCAACUACUAGCCGAGUUCCCGAAAAAGCUAUCAGUAGGAGGCGUCGACUUUCAACUCUCGGCACAGUUGCAAUUCGCCGGAGCGGCUCUUGCUCUGAAAGGAGUUUACUCACCAGGUAUCACUCACCCACAACCCCAUCACCCAAUCCGACACUGACAAAUUUCCAGAGACAUUCUACAUCCAAGCUUCGGUCCCCACCUGCACAUUUGACGAUCUACACGCUCUCUACACUUCGAUUACUGGUCGCACGUUGGCAGAAUUCUCCCACACAGCCAUCUUCAAGGACCUCCUCUUUCGCAUCGACGCAUCGGGUCUUACUCUCUCUGGUGACGUCACAAUCGACGAGCAUCGCGCUGUAAAAGCUGUUGUAACAAUCCACCGAGAUGGGAUUACUAUUACGGGAAGCCUGAAGGACAUCACUUUUGGCGCUGUCACAAUCACCAAGGCAGAACUCGACGUAUUCAUCGGGAGAACCAACCCCGGUACCACAUCCCGGGAGAGCGGGUUUUCGAUCACAGGAAAUGUACACUUCCACGACAUGGAUAUUUCCGUCUCAGUGCACACGCUGUUCGAAGGUGGACAGGUAAACUGGACGGUGUACGGAGAGUUGGAGGCGGACCUGGAAUUGAGCCGUCUAGCACCGAAGGUGGAAGGGACAUUUUUGGACUUGAGUUUGAGAAAAGUGGCGUUUAUCGCUUCCAACGUGGAUAGUCCUGCGGGCGUGGAAGAGUUUAAUGUUUUCAAUUAUCCUGUUAGGCGAGGUUCGUUCACUCUUCCAUUCGUUCAUUCAUUCGGUGUGAUGUAAAUGGUGAGAUAGGUGUGCAAUUCUGCGCCGCGCUCGACCGAGUUCCCCAGUUAGAUCAUGUCUCUGGUGGAAGAGUGGAGGGAUUGGUUCUUCGGGCAGCGUACUCUGAUAGGGGGUUUAGUUUUGGAAUUCUAUUCCCCGCUCCCGUUACCGUGAGAUUUCUUCCCCCCCCCCCCAGAUAUAAGGGAUGUUGUUGACGUUGUUGACUGCAUCUCCAGCUAUCACUCGGACCAAAUGUCACCUCUGGGCCGUUGUCACUGGAAGUAGUGACUUCAACAGUCCCGCAGCUAGUUUUCACAACAACCUUGAGCGUAAAGGUUGCAGGGCAAGCACAGCCGCUGGUAUUCACUUUUGGGCUAAAGGCCGAUAUUGAUUCUGCAGAAGGGUUUGGGUAUGUUGUCCACGAUUUAUCACUUACCAUGCGUGCGCUAGGCGAUGGGGACUAACAUUUCUAGACAAAUGACCAACUAUUGGGUCAACCCCCUCGGUCUCAGUGAGAAUGUCAAGAUCGGACCGGAUCUUGCUUUUGAGCUAGGGAUAAUUUACGCUGUGCUAGCGAGUACUGGGACACCAAGGUUCACAACCUUACACACACUCUGGAUUUAAGCGCCCCCACUAACACCCCAUUCACAGCAAAAUCGGUUUCUCUGGAGGCCUCGCAAUUGGUGAUGCGGAAACACAGGUAGCCGUAGCCCUCAGCGAGAACCCCACCGAGCAACUUGUAAAAACCAGUUUCACCCGUCUGAGCGUAACAGACCUGAUUAGGUUCGCCUCCAAAAUCGCUAACGAAUCCAUCCCCAUCCCUCCAGAAGACCUCUUCACCAUCAAAAAUGGCCUCUUCUACAUCUCCACGGGAGCCACUAUCGGCACUACAUAUUAUCCAGCGGGGGCAUCAAUAAAGGGCGACAUUGAGCUCUUUGGACAGGAGACAAACCUCGAGUGCACCGUUGGUAGGACCACCAGAAUCCAGGCGCUUUUCGAAGACGUUGCGUUGGGUCCCUUGGUAGUCACCGGAACUGGCGGGGGUAAAGCUUCCGCGAUGAUCGAGUUGGGGCUGGCAAAACAACACAUACUCCUCGACGGAAGCGUCAAGAUAUUCGAUUUUGAGGCUAGCAUUCACGCUAGCUUGGACAUCCUCCCGAAGCCGGACAUUUCGUUCGCGUUGAGGGUGGCGUGGGGGGACGCCAUUGAGGUGGAACUAUGCGCGCGAGUUAUCGGCGCUGCAGAUCUCAAGGACUUGAGGGGUGCGGACUUCCUAAUCGACAUGGCGCUUGAGCAGCAUAUUCUCGACUACAUCAGCACAAAUGCACAAGCGCAAUUUGCUGCUAUGAGGAAGUUUCUUGAGGGUGGGGUUUUAGCCGCCGAAGAGUUCUUCGAGGAGACUAAGGGCGCAAUAGAGGCGCAACUUAAGGAAGCGGAAGAGGCGUUUAACGCUGCCAGGGAUCAUUGGAAGGAGAAAGAAAAGGAGCUCAGGAACGCACUUGAUGGGGCUGUCUCUAGCUUUGAAGAAGGAUUGGAGGAGCUACAAAAGGAUUUCUACCAGGCGGAGAAAGACUUUGAAGCCGCUGUUUACAGCGCUCAUCAGAAAUUGGAGACCGCGAGAAUCGAUAGAGUUGCAGCUAUUACUUCUACCCUUGCCAAGCUUCAGAAGGCGAGGAGGGAGUUGCAGGCGGAGAUUAUGAGCUGCCUGUUUUCAAUACAGGAGACAAAGAAGGAGACUGCGAUGAGUUAUGGAGCGUUGUUGUUGGACUUGAAAGUUGCGGAAGAGAAUGUUCGGAAGGCGCAAGGUAGCAAACUACUCCUACACGAUAACGUGUGAAGGACACUUGCUAACUUUCUUAUAGACGAGGUGGACAGGCGUGAACAGGCUUUGGCAGCAGCACAACUAGAGUUCUCAGAAGCUCCAUUCUACCGCAACAUCGACCUCGUAAGUCCCCACUAUCCUCAAUACCAUCCACAGAAAACUAACAAAUUACACAGAGCAUCAAAGUUAGCCACUACCAAGCCCACGUAACCGAUGCCAAGGCCGAUCUCCUCUCCGCCCAGACAAUCUUAACUAGAGCGCAAUCCGCCCUCGAACAGUCGGGUUUCCAGUCCGCCAUCUCCAAGAAAACUGAGAAGAAGCAACUCCUGGCAGAGAUCAAGACUGCUGGCGAGCAGACCAUAAAAGAUACUGAGAAGCACCUUGAAACCGCGGUAAAGGAAAACGACGAGAUCAUUCAGAAGGCAGAAGCCGAGAUUGAAGAUCAUCUACAGAAGAAUUCGAGCACCGAGAAGGUGGCCCUGAAAAACAAAGAGGAAGCACUAACGAAGUUCAAGUCGGAGAAGGAAACCCAGAUAUCAACGCUAAAGUCGCACGUCGCGACACUCUCGGAAACCCCCGAAUUCGCAAAGUUCGAGGAAGCAAAGAGCUCGCUUGCCAUGGCCAAGAACGCCAAAUCGCAGCUCGGCGCCGCGAAGGACGCCAUCAGGCUCUUGCAGGAAAAGGCACCCGCAGCGGAAAAUGCGGGGUCUAUUCUGACCAAACUGGAACGCGUGUUUGACAUUCAGCACGUGGAGCUGCACGGGUCAUUGAGGGACCUAAUAGAGAAGGGUAUUCCACUCAAGGCUAGGGUUAAGGGUUUCAUCGCCGGGAAGGAGAUCGACUUUGUACUCGAUUACCGGAUUGGGGAGACGGGAGAGUUUGUGAGGGGGUUAAUGAGAAAGUGGUGGGAGGAGCUUAGUGGAGGGUUUAUGGACUCUUUUGGUGGCGAAGAGGCGAGGGAGGAUGUAGCGGGUGCUGAUCGGUUCUCCCAUGACUAG